AUGGCGGUCUUUAGAACUUGCUGUGGCGAGCUCGUGCCGCCGUCGCCCACAGUGUCACCUGGACACCUAGCAAAUGCUGGCACAAAGUCAUCUGCUGCUACCAUUUUUUGGACCCCGAAGUGGUGCCUGUGCUCUGAGCCAGUUGAUGAAAUUGCUCACCAGGAUAUCUCCAAAGAAUACGCGUGUUCGGAGCCUUCAACAUGCAAGGCGCAGCGAAGGGCUGUUGAGCCCGGCGACUUCCGAACAGAGCAGUCUUACCACACAGCCAAUACCUCGAAGAGCAAGCCGAGGGUAAAUACCUGUCAGUCCAGGCGCAGUUCUGAGUCCUUGAACGUCCUGGCACUGUUCGAGCAUGCUGGAGAAUGGUGGCUACCGCAUGAAAGUGCUUGCGUGGAAGACUGCGACUUGCUGCAGGAUUCUUGGCUCGGCAGGCUGCCUAAGAAGAGCUACCGCAACAUGAGCACCACCGGCUUGCUCAAGACUGGGAUGAGCGGAUGGGUGCGUCGUCGGGUCUCCGGAAGCAGGCACCGCUUUGUGGAGAACGGCUUUGAUCUAGACCUGGCCUAUGUGACCUCUCGAGUCAUUGCCAUGGGAUUCCCAGGCCAGGGCUCAGGGGCAUGUUUCCGGAAUCCCCAUGGAGAAGUCAAGCGGUUUUUGGAGGGAGCACAUGGUGGUCACUACCGGAUUUACAACCUUUGCGCUGAGAAACAUUUCAGGGACAAUGGCUUUCCGGAUGAGACUACGUCCUUUCCUGCUGCGGACCACUGCCCGCCAAACUUCUCCGACAUGCUCCAACUCUGUAAGGAUGUGGAGACCUGGAUGCAGGAGGAUGAGCAGAAUGUCGCGGUGAUCCAUUGCAAGGCUGGUAAGGGCCGGAGUGGCACUAUGAUUUGUGCUCUCUUGCUGUACGCGGGGGCUGUCACUUCUGCGCGGGAUGCCCUGCGUUGGUUUGGCCGCAUACGCGGGGGUACCCGGGUAGGUGUGACAAUACCCUCCCAGGUCAGAUGGAUAGCAAUGUUUGAGAUAUGGUUACAUGGCUCAGUGCAGCUGACCAGCACCCCAAUGAAGGCAGCAGACUUGAGAUACCGGCUAAAAGCUUUACGUAUCGGGCCCUUGAGCUCGAACAUGCUUCCUGGCCCUUGCUUCUUGCAGAUAGGUCUUGGUAGCCGCUCAGCUUUUGAGGGCUUCAAGUGGGUGCAUUGGCAUCCAACCUUUCGGGCGACCGUGUCCCAAAACGGAAUUUGCGAGUGCACGCUGCUGGCAGCACCUUGGUGGAGUGAGGCAGAUGGCCUCGUAUGCGUUCGGCUGAAGACGUCGAAGUCCUGUUUCGGAGCUCUUGCGGCCCGAAAGCAAAGCAUUCGGGCCUGGUGGCACCACUCCUUCCUUCAGCGAAGGCCCAAUGAGGCAAACAUGGAGGAGCUCGUGUUAGACUUGCCAAAGACGUGCAUUGAUGGAUUGCAACGAGAUGCUGUUCAUCAUGUGGUUGCGCCGUCUGAGUUUAGGCUGACUUUGACUUUUGAAAUGGAUGAAUGA